AUGAAACUAAUAAAGAAAAUUUUUGAGCUUGGACUUAGUGAAAGAGGAGGUAGUCUUGGAGUAACGAAUUCAAGAAAAUUUUACAAAAAUCAAAAUGAGAAGAAGAAAGAAGAUGUAAUGAAGUAAUUCUUUUUAAAAGGUAUGA